AUGGAUCUGUUUUGGUGGCGAAAGGAACAGGAGCCACCACCGCCGCCGCCGCCAAGCGCCAUGCAGAAUCGAUUAAUUGAGUUUGUGGCGGGCUCGCUGGGUGGCGCUACGCAGGUGUAUGUUUCACAGCCGCUGGACACGGUUAAGGUGAAGCAGCAGACAUUUCCCUUCCUCUACAAAAACAUGUUUGAAUGUUUUGUGAACACUUACAAGAAGGAUGGCAUAUUUCGCGGCCUCUACGCGGGUAGUGUGCCGGCCGUUAUCGCGAAUGUGGCUGAAAACUCAGUGCUCUUUGCCGCAUAUGGCGGCUGUCAGUCCUUCGUGGCAUAUCUGGUGGGCAAAGAGAACCACAGUCAACUGAACACGACGGAAAAUGCAUUUGCUGGCUUCUUUGCGGCGUUCUUUUCGACAUUCACGCUGUGUCCCACCGAGUUGGUGAAGUGCAAAUUGCAGGCGAUACGCGAGUCACAUGAAUGCUGCCCUGGCAUACCGGCAAACGAGAAUAUGACGCCUUGGAAAUUAACGAAAAUCAUCUACAAAGCAGAGGGUUUGCCCGGCUUUUUCCGCGGCCUCACGUCGACGUUCAUGCGCGAAAUGCCCGGUUACUUUUUCUUCUUCGGCAGUUACGAGUUAACGCGUGAGCUGCUCACUAAACCCGGUCAGAAGAAGGACGAUAUUGGUCCACUUAGAACCAUGUUUGCUGGCGCCGUUGGCGGCGUUAUGCUCUGGACAAUGAUUUUCCCCGCCGAUGUCAUCAAGAGUCGCAUACAAGUGCAGGGUUUGAGUCAUGGCAUGUUAACGGUGGGCGUCGAUAUUGUGCGCAAAGAGGGCAUACUGGCACUCUAUAACGGUUUAUUACCGUCUGUGUUACGCACAAUACCGGCGACGGCGACGUUAUUCGUAGUUUAUGAAUAUACAAAGAAAAUAUUACACGAGGAGUUCGAUCCGAAAAGCGCGCCGACGGACAAGAAAUAACAGUUUUUUUUCUUUUCAAUAUUUGUUUCUACAUUGUGUUCCUUAGGUAUAUAAUUUGCUAACUAAUAUUACUGAGGUUAUUUGUACAUUUAAUGUUACAAAUUUAUCGAUUGGGCUAAUUUUCGUUUUAAAAAUUGUUGUCGAUCCAUGGGGGUUUCUAGUGCGCGCCACUCGUGCCAAUAUAUCUGCAAAUAAUUAAUUAGGUGUAAGAAAUAUUGAUUGUUAAUUUUAAGUAAAACAACAAUUUAGAUUAAUUUUUGUUAAAAAAAAAAUAAAUGAA